AAAAUAUAGAAUUCUUCUUGUACAAAAGAUGCAGAAGCUUAACAUUUCAGCUCAUGGGAUCAGCUACAUUGUAGCAAAAGAGAAUUUGAUUAAAGAGACUAAUGACCAGGCCACCAAGUCCCUACAUAAGGAACAAGAGAAGAGAGCUAAGGCUGCUGAGGAGAACAGCAGGAUUAAAUAAGAGAAUGAGUAUCAAGACUCAGAUUUCAAGUAAUCCAACAAUACCUCCUCUAAGAGAGUCCACAGUUAGUAAUUCUCAGGACGACGUCAUCAAACUUCGAAUGAAAAUUGAUAAGUUAAUAUUUAACAGAAAGAAGAAAGAACAAAAAUUAAGAGACCUACAAAGCAAGUUGGACAAUAUUCUUGACAUGAGGUCUGAGUCUGACUCCUCAGAUUCACAGAUAGAUAAUGUAUCAAUAAAAUAACACUGAACCAGCAAAAACAGGAGAAGCGAUUUAUCAAUCAGUGAUAACCUCUUCUAAAUAAAAAUGCUUCGAUUCAAAGCUUUCUCAGUGUUGACAAUCCUGAGUUAGGAAUGUCACAAACUAAUAUGUCAAUAAAGAAUGUGAGACCAGCACCGAAAAAGCAGAGUCUACUUCCUUUCAAAGAUAGGGACAAAGCUGAAAAUGCUUGAAUCCUUCUAGACUUAGAAAGAAAGACCUUGCUACACAUGAAACAAAGAAUCCAGCAAGACUUGGACUUCACUCGUAGGAAGGUGAGUGGGUCUGCAAGCAAAACAGGCCACUCUAUUUCACAAGAAUCUAAAAAUAUUGACAAGUUAUGAGAACACUACAAAAGAAUUUCGCUUCUUAAGCAUCAGAGAGACCAUCUUAAGAGAAAAGUUACAGACCCAGAGAAAGGUUCCCACCGAUUAUAAAAAUGAAUCAGCAAAGUAAUGCCUUGAAGAUCGAACUUGCCAUUGAGACUAACCAAGUAGAAGAACUUCUGGAAAAAGUGGUCACUUUGACAAUGAAGACAAGGGAUUCAACUACCUCUAAAAGCAAAUCAAUCUUGGACAUUAGUAGCAGUAUGAUGGGACCAUUGAAAGAUCAAAAUUCCAAAUUGUCACUGUACUCUCAGAACAAAAAGAACAGAGAUCUGAAAAAGGAUUCGAUCAGCGAAGCUGAUUAUAAGGAAACUGUUAAAAACAUGGCGAUGAUCGUGCCUAUGUUUAAUUACUUAAAAUCUAAGAACCAAGAAGGAACCACUCAUUUGGCAGAACUCCAUGAUAACCCAGAAUUUAACUAUUUUAAAAGAUUUUACCUUAAAGCUUUAGGCAAGAGUGAAAAUGCCGAAAGUAGGCUAAAGGUGCUCAAAGCUGCAAUGAAGCAAACACCUGAGAGGACUCAAUCUCCAGGAUUAGUCAGGAGAAGAACUAUCUUCAGAUCUAGAUUAUCAUCAAUGGAUGAUAACAUGGAUGUUUAUCUCAAUGAAAUCCAGAAAAUGAAUCAAGAUGAAAUCUCCCCAGAAGAUAUUAUUGAUGUCUAUACUGGAAACCAAUCAAACGCAAUGAGCAAUCUUUAUGAGAAGACAAACCAGGAACUUAUGAAUAAAAAUAUUGAACUGGGCAAGCUGAAAGAAGAGCUUGCUAAAUACAAAGAAGCAUACUUCAAAACAGCAGAAAUUCAAGAAUGGUUAGAAAAGAAAGAAGUCCAAGAAAAUAAAAAGAUUCAGGAAGAAGGAAUCAGUUCAGAGAUUUCUACAAUAAAUGCAAUGAAAAUGAAGCUUCUUUAUCAAGAUAAGCCAAAGACUAGUGAUUACCUCGAAAGAUCAAAGGAUGCUGCUCGGAUAGGGAAGAUUCUCCAACCCCAAACCUUUGUUCUAAAUGUCUCAUGAACCUUCAAUGAGAUAUUAAGAAAUAUAGCCUAUAAACUUUGGAAAAUUCAUAAAAUUACAAAUGCUAACCUUCCAGAGGAGAUCUUAGAGCUGAUAGACCUGUACGAGUUCACAUGGAAAGAAGAUUUGAACUUUUACCACACUAAAGAAAAAGAUGCUAAGAAUGAAAAAGACGAGAGAUCCCAAAGAAUGGUAGAAUUCUUCCUAGCAAAACUUAAAUAGAGCUGCUGAAAAGACUUAUCUUGAAUUAAUAAGACAACAAAAAGAUGAAAACUUACUUAUGCAAGGGCUGAAUAAUUUUGCUUCAGUGUCAGAUUCUCUAACAAAUGUGAAAUUUAAUUCAAAUAAAUAAAAGUCCAAAGAUUCAACGAAAACCAACUAUGAUAGGUCUUCAGGCUAGCCCUGAAAAGCAACGAAACUUUACAUACACUAUCAGAGUAGCUAAAUUUGUUAUCAACGCUCUGCUAAAACUAACAAGACUAGCUAAGGCUACUAAGGACCCUCAGUACGCUUCCGAUCUCCCAAACCAAAAGUUCAACAACGAAUACCAAAUUUUCCAGCUUGUAGAAAAUCAGGUCCAUAAAAACAACGUUCACCAUACCGAAAACAUGAACAGGAUUCGUAAGGUCACAAGAAACCAGCCUACAAAUUACUCAAGCAAAGGAUCAAGACAAUUCUCAGAACAGGAAGAAGACUUCUUGCACAAAGUUAGGCGUAACGCAAAGACAAAUAAGCAAGACUUGAAAGAAAUAGACAGUAGUAAUGGCAGACAGAAGGAAAAGAAAGAUAUUGUUGACCUGAGGAAUAUAAAUCAGUACACUGGAGCAAAAAUUAUUCGAAAACUAAAAGAUUUUGAGCGUAAAGAGCUCAAAUUUCACACCGCUUUGAAGAAGGAAAUAAACAAAUUUCAUUCUGCUACUGAGAUAGAAGAAAAACCUGCCGGACAUCAUGAAAUUUUAUAUCUUGCUAAAAAGAAACAGAAGACAAAUAAAAACCUCAAAACCAAUACUAAAUAACAAAGAUCUCCAUCCUGUUUCGCAAGCCAAAAAGCGCAGAUCUAGUAGCAUGCUUCGCAUAAAGAAACGUACAAAAAUAAAGCCCCGUCUGUCAUCAGCGACCAAUAGUAAACCUCGCAGAGGUCGGAACUCGUCAAUCCAGACGACAAUAAGUUCUUUCAUAACAAAAUCUAAACGGCUAAAGCCUAAAGCCAAAAAGAAGUUGCCUAGUAUUAAGCUCUCUUUUGAUUUUGACACUGAUAUUCCAAUAAUAAAAUCAGUUACCUCCAAAUACACCAUCCAAGAUAUUAACCUCAGCAGUGAAUUUAGUAAGAUAGGGCCUAUCAAGGAAGAAAAUUCACCUCGCAGACUUAGCAAAGGAGGUGAACAAUCUUUCUAUAGCCAGAAAGACCUAAGAGGAAAACCAGCUAAAACACAAGUAAAUUUCUUCAAUAAACCCCCGAAGCCAAAGCAUAAGGUGAGGCCCAUAUCUGGCUAUAUCGAUAAACCGCCUGUAUGGAUGCGCUAAAUGACUGAAACCUGGCUUAAGCAGUUUAUUCGGUAAAUAUAGGUAACUUU